AUGAAAGUCAAUAUUACCGCUAGACUUGCGUCCAGCGCGUUUAUUCUCGCCUUGGUUCCUGCGGCUCGGGCUCUGCCACAAUGGCUUCAACCACACCUUCGUAAUGCUAAUGCCGAUGCGUUUGCUCCUCGGGAUUAUACAAUCUAUGAGAGGGCAGAGAGUAUUCAAGAUCACUAUACGCCAUAUGGCUAUGGACCUCAGCCUACCUACACAAUAAAUCCGGUCACAAGUGCUGAUCCUGAGGAGACUUCGUCAUCCGGAACUCAAAUUGGAUCUGCUACUGCUUCGGCUUCCGGCUCCUCUGUCAGUGGUAUAUUAUCUACUGGAACUUCCCCCGUUAGUCUCUCUACCGGUCCGGCAUCUCUUGAUACUUCUACUGUUACUUCUUUCACUGUUGCAUAUUCUACAAUCACGGUUUCGGUUUCAGUUUCGGCGUCUUCUACAGAUGCUUCUUCCCCGGCUCCAGCUUCAGCCUCGAGUUAUGAUCCUGGAAGUUCGGCUCCGGCAACAUAUACUACCUCUUCAGAGUCUAAUGGAAACAGCUCGCCAACAACAUCUGCAGGGACAUAUGAGCCAUCUGGUACCACCUCACCGCAAUUGACUUCUACCACUCCAAGUACCACUGCUACUGCUCACUGCAAUCAUGACAACUGUCUUCGUGAAUUCAUCCGAUCUUCUUUGAUUGUUGGUCCAUUCUGUGCUACAUAUACUUUGGCCGAAAAUACCGCCACUAUAAAUCUCCCAACAUAUGUUUCUCAAUGUCAUGAUUCACCUUCAAGAAUCUCGUCUGCAUGUUCUUGUUUGAACACUGGUGCCGCCACUACUCCAGGAAAUGUUGGUAGCAGCACGCCUUCAACACAAACCAGUACCGAAGCCACGUCCCCAGCAGGUGGUGUGCCAUCUUCCUCAGUGGUCACAAGUUCUUCAUAUUCAUCACCCACUGGUUCAGAAUCCUCCACAAGCCAGGGCUCCUCUGUUACUAGUUCGGGAAGUUUGGACUCUACAGUGAUCAGUACACAGACCUACACAGUCACUCCUACCAUCACAGUACCAUCGGGAAGCCAGACAAUCAACCCAUCGGGAGGUGAGACAACUACUACACCAUCAGGAGAAACUACGACUGCCCCACAAGGAAGUGAUACAACAGCUCCUUCAUCAGGAGGCAAUACAACAACUGCACCUUCUGCCGCCGUUACGACCACUACAGCUGGAGAAACAAACCCAAGUGAAAGCUCGAGUGUUCCUAGCGGUUCGUCCGUGGUUUCGAGUACUGAAACCGCAUCUUCCAAUUCCGCAACCACUGAAUCGGCAACAUCUGCGCCCGCAACUUCUACCGGUCCACCUUACACACUUGGAAGUUCAUCUAUUCCUGUUGGUCCGACUGGUACAUCUGCGUCAUCGUAUAUUUCUGCCAGCUCGUCAUCUGCAGGCCCAUAUACAAAUACUUCUGCUUCAGCUACCGGCCCUGUCACUUCGGGAAGCUCAUCGUAUACCCCAUCUGGUGGAAUAUCGCUAUCAGCACCUGGAAGCUCGAGUGGUAGUAGUGGCCCUUACACGAAUUCGACAUCAGGAUCGGCUCCAACGACUUCAGUUGGCUCUUCUGGGACUGCACCCUUCACCUACUCUUAUCCAACGGGAACUGGGAUUUCACCAAGUGGAAGUAUUUCUGGGGGUGUUUCGAGCUCCAGUGCUUCGACACCUUUGUACACAAAUUCGACCACAUUAGCCAGCUCAACCUUCCUCGGCACCGCACCUUUGUCCUCUGGUUCGUCGAGAAGCAGUAUAUUGUUGACAGGAGCUCCAUCAUACACUCCUGCAUACCCGACAUACCCGCUCAACUCGACAUCUGUGUCAAGUGGUGCAGUUGGCCCUACGGGAUCAAGUGUAUCUGGUGGCAUUGGUUCUAGCUCAUCUGUUAGUAUCCCGUAUCCGACAGGCAAUAAUGCUUCGACCACGAUUGGUCCAAUCGGUACAGGAUCUGCACCAACAUCCUCCUUCUUAGGAACUGGUACCUCGGGAUUUUCUGUCUCAGGCAUCAUUAGCUCUUCUACGGGAUCAUCUGUUCCAUAUCCUUAUGGAAAUAGCACUUCAUAUACAGAGGGUCCAACGGGGUCGGGAAUAGGGAGUCCAAGCUCAACAUUGGGUGGCUUUCCAUCCAGUGCUGCGAGUUCUCUAUCAUCUAGUGUAUCAGGAGGGAUCAGUUCAUCCGUUGGCUCUUAUGGACCCUAUCCAGUUUAUAAUGCUACAGCAACAGCAGGCCCUACAAAUCCUGGCACCUCGGUAUCGGGAGGUCUUACCUCUAGCGUAUUCGGAGGUGUUAGUUCAUCGCUUCCAUCUACUGCACCAUAUCCGAUUUCCAAUAGUUCAACAACAGCUGGGCCAACUAAUCCAGGUGCCUCAGUCUCUGGUGGUCUUACUUCUGCUACUUCCGCCCCACUCAGUACCGGUAGCUCACCAUCAUCGAGUGUCUCGGGUGGCAUCAGUUCUUCGGUACCAUCUUCGCAACCUUACCAACCUUACCCUUACGGUAACUACACUCUCCCACCACUCGGCACGGGUACAGGAGGUGUAACUACAUCCACACCUUUGGGAACAGGAAGUUCGAGUACUGGCUCUGGCUCAUCUUCGUCGGCUCCUUACCCUACUUCUUCAAACGGAACUUUCACUAGUGGACCAACUGGACCAACAGGAACUUCACCAGUCUCAAGCAUUGGUACAGUGCCUUUAGGAACAGGAAGUUCGAGUGCUGAUUCUGGAUCGUCUUCAUCAGUUCCAUACCCAACUUCGUCGAACAGCACUUUAACUAGUGGACCAACUGGACCAACCGGAAGUUCGAGUACUGAUUCCGGAUCUUCUUCAUCAGUUCCAUAUCCAACUUCGUCAAACAGCACUUUAUCUAGUGGACCAACUGGACCAACAGGAACUUCACCAGUCUCAAGUAUUGGCACAGUACCAUCAGGAACAGGAAGUUCGAAUACUGAUUCUGGAUCUUCAUCAGUUCCAUAUCCGACUUCUUCAAACGGCACUUUAAUCAGUGGACCAACCGGGCCAACAGGAACUUCACCAGUCUCAAGCUCAAGCCCACCGACUGUCUCAGGUAGCCCAACGACUAUUGGCAACGGUACUUCGGUGACUUCAGCUCCAUCUACCAGCACUUACAGUCCCAUUGAAUCUACUUCCAGUCAAAUUUCUGGAGGAACCUCGUUGUCAUCGUAUUCAGCCACUGGCUCAUUCAACACUAGUACCGCAGUUUCCCCCAUCACAUCUUCUUUGCCUUCAGGAGGGUUUGGUACGUCGAUCACGUCAGCAACAUCAACUCCAUCCACGUUUUCAACAUCCGUUUCGACUAGUUCAUAUGCUGGCACAAACUCUUCUUCUAUCAUCUCAUCAGCGUCAACUUCUAACUCUGCUCCCUCGGCCAUUUCAUCCACGAAUUCCUCAAGCGCUGCACCUUCCACAAGUGCUUCCACUCCAACCUCCUCCUAUUCACCACCACCAAACUAUGCUCCUCCACCAUACUACGCACCUCCACCACCGCCUAAUUACUAUGGUUGGGGAACAUGGGCCAAAAAGCAUCAGAAUAGAGAUGCCGGUAAUGUUCGUCGUUGGUUCUGGUGA